AUGAAGGACAAGAGUAAAAGGAGAUUGUCCACGGAUCACCGCCGGAACUCCAUAUUACCCUGGAAAUGGAGAGUUGCACAUAGCUCCCGCUGGAUGGCACAGGUGGCAGCCUCAGAGCUCAGUCUAGUGGCCUUCAUCUUCCUGCUGGUCAUGCUCUUCUCCAAGAAAUGGUUAUAUACCCCAGGGAGCCGCUUCUAUAAGCACUAUCCCAAGGAUAUAAACAACAGAAUCCACACCUCAGUCCAUGUCAUGUCCCAGGGACUUGUGCAUACCUGCAUAUCCAGGAGCUGUUCCCAAUUAGAGGAUGAGAAAGACACUUUUCAAAUGUGGACGAAUCAGCCAGUCUUUGGGGUGGCCAAGAUAACCUUCAUCUUGGCCCUGGUGAUAGGCUUCAUGCUCACCAUCUGGUUGCACCUGCCAUACCUGCUAGGUCUUCUGAGAAUGCCUGCCUUCGGCUUGAUUGGGACCAUCAUGAGCUUCUGUGAAGUUACCCUCAUUUUCUCUGUCCUCCUGUUGUUUCCUGUUAACCUCUGGAUCUUCGAGGUAAAGAAGAAUUUGUCUGUUCCCCUUGGUUGGAGCUAUUUCAUUGGUUGGCUGGUGUUUAUCCUAUAUGUCACUUGUGGAAUCCUUUGCUAUUUGAACCACAGAACUUUCUGGAGAGUGAUUCUGAACAAUUCCUCUCGCAUCAUGUUCUCCCAUAGUAGUUCCAGGCCCGCGGGUGAGCUGGGGGCGCGGGGGACAGGCCGAGGCCUCUUCCCAGCAGACCUCCGGAGCUCCCGCUGCGACUGCCCACUGGCUGACCCUGCCUGUGAAGGACCUGCGAGCCUCUUCCCCUGGCUGGAUGACCUGAUGGCCGCGGCGACCUGUCGGAUCCCCGCCCCGGGACCCCGCGGGCGGCCGGGUCUCGGGGCCCAGUCCUGUCGUCCCAGCCGAAGCCGCCGCGGAGCUCGCGGAGCUCUUGGCGCCUUUGGGUGGCGGCGGGCGUGGCCGGGCGAGAAGAAUGGCGGCCGCCAGAAUGCUGCGGAGGCCGGCGGGGGCUUCGAGGGCCCUCGGAGGAGAGUGGUCGCCCGAAAGCUGGACCACGCGUUGGACAGAGGAGCCCGCAGACUAGGGACCUCGGUGACCGCGCGGGGCGGCUCCUGGAGACCGCGCCUUGUCGGGACAGGCAAACAAAGGCCUUGA